AAAUCUCGAACAAAUUACUGUUAAAAUAACGUUUGUUUACGUUUUUACUUCCAUUUCUGCGCGAGCAUAAAUUUUUUAUCGGAACUGUGAAAAGGUGUAUUUAGUUUUUAAUAAAUAUAAAAAAAAUACUUAAAACAAAUUCUUAUCACAAAUGGGAAAAAGAAAGAUCACAAAAUUAAAAAAGUCAAGCUACAAUGUUAAUUUAAUCCACGACGACUGAUUUACCUUCUCAGAAGUCCGAUUUCUGUAUUUCCUCAACAUCAACUCCCAACAAAUGGAACAGUUCUACGAUAUUAUCAGUAUGUUAUUACAGAAAAAAGUAAAAGGUUCAAGUCUACCCAAGAAAGUUUUUCAUGCAAAAAAAAGAGCGGGAGUAGGGAUAUGGUUUGUCUUGACAAAGAUUUCUGUUAUGAAAAUAUGGAGAUUUGCUGCGUAAGAAAAAUUGUUAAUAUAUGGAAAUAUGCUGGCUUUGGAAACUAUAUAAUUUCUGAAGUACAAAUUGUGCAAAAGGUUAUUAAACUAAAUAAAUUAUACGUUUCAAUGCGAAAUACAAGUUAUUUAGCCUGGAACACAGUUACCCCAAAAAAACACGAAAAUAAGUUUGAAGAAUUUUUUGAAAAUUUGUUUGACAUUUCUCAAAAAAACAUAGAAGCAAAAAUAAAAUCAGAAAAAAAUAUUCCAAGAUCGAAUCAUGCAGUGAUAGAAAAUUUCAAGAUCAAAGAACAUUGAGGAGAGGUGUGAUAAGUGAAAAGUAUGACAUUAAUAUGAAACAAAGAGUUGAAAGGAGAAUUAAAAGGUAUGAAAGAAUGAGAUCUUAUGAAGAAAAAUGCAGAGUUAAUGAAAGUUUUAAGUUUGAUUGCAAAAUCGAUUUAGAAAUGGAUGAAGUGAUUUCUUGUGAAUCAGAUGAAACCGAGGCAUCAGGUUCUGUGACUCACCAGUCUUCAGUUGCUAGUGAUAGUGAUUUCGAUUUUCCAGAAAGCAAUGGAAAUCAGCUUCUAACACACACAGAGUUAAAGCGUCAAAAAACAUCUAAAUCUGGCUGUUCAGAAAUAGCAAUAGAGUUCGACAGAGAUAAGCUUCUAUUAGCUACAACACCUGUUAGUGUUAGAUGUGGAAUAGCAUUCGCUCACAAACAAUGUUUCUAGGAGCUGUUAUUAAAGCUUUAGGGGGAAAUGUUCAUGAUUUAAAUAUAUCAAGAAGCUCAAUAGCUAGAAGUAGAUUCAAGUAUAUUGAAGAUUUAGGUAAAUUUUUUUUACAUUCAAAAUAUUUAUAAUAAAAUAAAAAAUAAUAGUUACAAAGAGAAAAAAAAUCUUUUUAAUCUAAUGGAGCCACCAUCAUGGAGCCACCAUCAUGGAGCCACCAUUAAUGGAGCCACCAUCAUGGAGCCACCAUCAGAUCAAGCCAUUAUGAAGAAAUGUUGGGAAAGAAUUUGAUCUUGCAUUUUGAUAGUAAGUUGGUGAAAGAAAUAGAGGAAAAGUUAAAAAUUACAGUUAAAAAUAAAAGGGUUGCGGUAUCUGUUACCAGUCCUGAAUUUAAUACAAAAGAUCGUCUAUUUGGAAUUAUAGCUGUGGAGAGAAAUAAAGGAAAAGAGCAUGCUAUUGUUAUUCAAAACAUUUUAGAGUAUUUUGAAAUAGCUGGUAAUAUAAUUGGAGUCUGGACUGAUACUACAUCAAGUAAUAAAGGUAGACUAAAUGGAGGUAUAAUAGUUAUUAGUAGAAUUCUUAACAAGUGUUUGUUUUGUUUAUCUGUCGUUACCACAUAUAUGAACUCCAUAUAACUCAUGCAGUACAGACUAUCACAAAAGUUAAAUCUAAAGGUCCAAGCAAGUCUAUGUACUUAGCUUUCCAAAACACUGGGAAACUUCUCAUGAAUCUGUAAACUCAAGAACUCCAGAACUGAAAAAAUUUGAUUGGAACAAGCUGGAAAUAGGUAGAAGGCUUUACAUCUUGGCGCUAACAGCUAAAGAUUAUGCGAAGUAUUUGUUGGAGAAUAGAAUUUUUCCAAAAAAUGACUAUAAUCACCUUGUUAAAUAUAUGGCUUUUUAUUUUGGCGUCGAAUCUAAUUAGCUUAAUGAAUUUAAAACUCAUCAACCUGGAGCUUGUUACGAAGCAAGAUUCAUGGCUAAUGCUUAGUAUAUUCUUACACUAGAAAUGGCAUCCACUAUUAUAACCUUUUUACCUGAUGAAAAUAAAAAUGAAAUUGAAACAUGUGCCUUUAUUGUUGCUGUUUGUUAUGCUCCAUGGUACCUCAAGUCUAGAAGCGCUCAACAUAUUGUACUUAAUGAUUUUAAUGCAUUUAAAGCAGUAUAUGUUAUUAAGGAUGAAUUUAAUGCCGAUGUUGGCAAUGCUUUCAUUAAAAGUUUUCACAAAUAUUCGUGGUAUCUUUCUCUAGCAGUAGUUGUUUUUUCACUAGUUGACUCUCACUUGGAAAUGUUUGUCAAGUAUGAGAUUUUGAAAAUUUUGUCAAAGGACUUAGUGUAACCAACGACUGCGCUGAAAAAAACAUCGGAUUAAUAAAUGAUUUUUUAAAAUAUUUUCAAAUAGAAAAACAGCGUCAAAAUAUAAUAUUGAUAGCGAGAGAGGAGAGAAAAUAAGUAACAAAGAAAGUAACUCAAAACGAACUUAUAAAAAUUUAAAGCUA